AUGAAUAAUUAAUUAGAUUUUUAUCAAUUUCCUAAGCAUAACCCUUCAAAAUUUAAAACAUAUAACGAAACUUAGAAUGGAUUUUAUUUGGAGAAUUCUAACUAAAUUUAUCUUUUAGAUGAUGCUGAAGGAUGGGCUGAUUAUGAUGGAUGCUAUUAUGAUAAAAAUUGUGAACCUGCUGGAUGGGUUUUUGUAAUGAAGAAUGAGUUUAUUAGAUUUGAUAUGAAUUAAGAAUAAGUUAUAAUUGCUUAAAACAAAUACUACCCUUAGACAAUCAUUUAAGAGCAAAAAUAUAAAGAAGAAAUGAAAUAAUAUCAGGACUAAAAAUCAUACUAAAAAAGUUCAAACUAAGAUUUUGAAAAUCCUUAAUAAAAUUCGAAAUAUGAUGAUUAAACUUCAAAUGUUAGAUUUAAUUAAACUUAAGGAAGUUUAAGAGAACAUUAAUAAAUUUUUUAAAAGUUAGUUUAAGAUAAAAAUAUCUAAUUACAUUAGAAUUCCUAUUAAUAAAGAAAUUAUUUCAAGGGAUAUUAAACUGACUAACAAAAAUAGAGAGUUUAAAGUGAAGACUAUCGUAGAGAUCCAAGAUAUCAAUAUAAUCAAGACAUGGAUGAAACUAGACCCGAAUAAAAUAUGUCUAAAAAUAAUUUUGGUUAUCGUAAAAAUCAAAAUAAUGGCUUUAAUUAGAUAUAAAAUAAUUAAGAUUCUUAGACAUAUGCAAAUUAUUAAUCUAGGAAUAACUACAAUAGGUAUUAAGAAUAAAAUUAGAGAAAUUUUAAUAAUAAUUAUAAUAAUAAUUAUAAUAAUAAUAAUCAUAAUCAUAAUAAUAAUCAUAAUCAUAAUAAUAAUCAUAAUAAUAAUUUUAAUAAUUAUAAUAAUAAUAAUAGGAAAAAUUGGUAUUAAUCUAAUAAUAAUGGUGAUAAUAAAAGAGGUUUUGAUUAGUUUUAAUAUUAAAAAUAGCACAAUCAAGUUCAUAAUCCUUUUACAGAAUAACGAUUGGAAUAAAAUUAUUAAAAUGGAAACAAUUAUUAUCAGGAUAAAAGAGAUUAACAUAAUUAGAUUGAUUAUAAAACUUAAUAAUAAAGAAAUUAUAAACAAUAAUCUAAUUAUGGUUAAUAUAAAACUUAAAAUAACAAUUAUAAUGGAAAUUAAGGUUAUUCUAAAAAUUAAAAUAAUAAUUUUAAAACAUAUACUGAAAAUAAUAAUUUUAGAUAAAAUAACAAUAAAUAUAAUAAUUAGAAUGGAGAUUCUAAAUAAUUGAAAGGAAGAGAAGAAUACAGAGGAGAUUUUUAAGAAUAAAAAUAAUAAUAUUAAUAUGUUUUACUUAAGGAUAAUUCUAGCUAAUAAUAUGAAUCUAAUUAAUAAAAUAUUGAAUCAACGACCUAACUAAGAUAGAAUAAGGAUUUUAUUUCAUAAAAAUAAGAAGUUUCUGAAAAAAGAGAGAGAAAAUCAAGAUUGAAUGAGCCAAGAGAAAACUUUUAAUAAAAGGAAUAAUGAUUAUCAUUAUCUGUAUUAUUAAAAUAGCAG